AUGGGUUGGUUCGACGACGAUUCCCAGGAGGCUAUGCACUACCAGGAUUUCCAGAACACCCCCCAGCAUCUGCACGAGGCUAAGUUCUCCCACGAGCUGAUCGGCGGUGCCGCUGCCUUCGAGGCCAUGAAGGCCUACGAGGAUCACGAGGCCCGCAACGGCCAGAUCGAGAACCACGCCCGGGCCAAGGAGGUCGUCGCCGGCCUCAUCGGUGCCUUCGUUGACCGUGAGGUCGAGACCAAGGGUCUGGACUUCGUCGACCGCGAGAAGGUCAAGCACCACGCCCAGCGCCGUGCUGAGCGCCAGAUGGAGCAGUCCGGCCGCUGGUAG